CUGGUGCGCUGCAGUUUCGACUGAACAAGUGGCGCCACCCACGAACGCGGCGCGCUACUAGCCAGUCGCGUCGAGAGCAGGCGCGUACGGUCGCAAGCAUGGCCGCUCGAAAGGACGAAGGUAAAUCGCGGCCAAGAAGGGCUGGAACUGUGUACUGUUGUGUGUAUGGCUGUCACAACAGCUACAGAAACACUGCGGGAAAGCUGCCGAAGAUAAAGUUCUAUGGAUUUCCUUGGAGGCCCUACGAAACCGAGCGACGGGAGCGCUGGAUCAGGGCGGUGCGACGUGCGAGCCCUGAUGGAGGCCUUUGGCAGCCUGUGAAGAACCAAACUCGCAUAUGCAGCGCCCACUUCGUGGGUAACGAGAGAAGUUCAGUAGCACAACACCCUGCAUACAUUCCGACAAUUUUUCCCGAGUGCUAUGGGAAAGGCGAUGGUGUGAUACCUGCUACGAAGCUUGAAAGAUAUCAGCGACUUGAACGACGUGGAUCUGCAGCUGCGGGAAAGCCACCCGUACACACUGAAACACCAGGUGAAGCUUCACCGCAAGAAGAGUUCAUUCUUGGUGGCACCGAGGAGCGCGUUGCUGGCGACGAGGAGCACAUUGCCUUUGCAUCUGUGACAACUCAAACAGAAGGAAGUCAAACCAGUGGUCCUUGCAGUCUUUUCCUUUCCGUGUCAUCAGGAGGCUCAGCAAGUACGCAGGUGUGCCAUUCAAACAUGACACAUACAGCUGUGCAGGCAACGCCAGCUACAACAACGACAAGCACAGGAUUGGAAGAGCGUAGCUGUGUAUUCCUUGGGUACAACUCUCUUAUUGAUCGGACAGAUGCCUUCAGGGAACUUUGUGGUGUUAGCAGUAAUGUAUUUGCUUUGCUGACAUUUGUGCUUUCACCCAUACAUGUUCGGCGGGUUGACAUACCAGUUUCACAGAAGCUGGUGAUCUUCCUCAUGAAACUAAAGCUUGGUAUUUCAUUCGCAAGCCUUGGAGCACUUUUCGGUUUGCACCGCACUGGGGUUAGCCGUAUUUUUUUUUCCGUAUUGAGCAACUUGUUGACUGCAAUGAAGGAAUGCAUACCAGAGCCGUCUCUUUCUGCUGUCCAAGCAUCAAUGCCAGCAUGUUUUAAGUUACACUAUCCUCGAUGCCGAUAUAUUAUAGACUGCACAGAGAUACGUACUGAAGAGCCACCUACUGUAGAACAAAAAAGGGCCCUGUUUUCACACUAUAAGGGUUGUUAUACAUUGAAGUUUUUGAUAGGAAUUCUGCCAAACGGUGUUGUGACAUUCUUGUCAGAUGCGUAUGGUGGCCGUACAUCUGACACACGCAUCACACUAGAGUCUGGAUUUCUUGACAGGAUAGAACCUGGCGAUAUUGUGUUAGCAGAUAAGGGCUUUCCAGGUAUUAAAGCACCAACUGAAGGCCAGAAAGGGAUUCUGGUUUUGCCACCAUUUUCAAAAGGAAAUGUGCAGUUCACUCAUGAGGAAUUAUUGGAGACAUAUAAUGUUGCUCAGGUGCGCAUACAUGUUGAGAGAGUAAUUCAACGUGUGAAGAUGUUUAAUGUGUUAAAUACAAGAAUUCCUGUUGACCUGAUUCCUCGCAUGGGUGAUAUUAUGCGCAUGUGUUGUAUCCUUGCUAACCUUCAGGCGCCAAUUUUCAGUGAACAAAGCGUGACAGUGAAGAGCCACAUAAGGGCUCCUAAACAAUGUUUGCUUGGAACCAUUUGUUACCACAAAUAAUAUUUCUUGGAUAAAGUGCACCAUUUGCCCAUCCUGUGUGUUGCAAAUCCUGAAUAUUGGCCAUUGCGUGAACUCCAGUGACAUAGGCCAUCAAUUUGCAGGAUAAAGUUGUCUUACUCGUGUAUCUGUCCCCCGAACGACCCAUGAAAGCACAUACCAGAGUCCCAACCAGAGUCCUUUUGGUGUGCCAGCGAAUGCUACUAGUGAUCCAAAGAUGGAUUCAGACUUGAGAGUUGCGAGAACACAAAACUUGUAUUCUGAUCUAUAGGUACACCCAUACACACUCUGGCUAAUUAAACACCAAGAAAACACAGCUGCAUUUCAGGAAUUAAACAACAUAUAUAUGUACUAUAUAUAUUUGAUAUAAAUACACUGAAUUAAUAGAUGAACAUUAUUUACAAUAUCAACAGCCCUGCAGGGGAGACCUGCUGGGCUCAGUUAAAAAAUAUGCUCGCCCAAUCGAAGCAUAAGCACAUGCAAUACAGAAUGAGUCAGAGCACAAAAUGUCCUUUCAUAUUGAUCUGCAUUUGUUUCUCAGCCUGAAGUCCUUGGCGAAACGUAUGCAUUCCAGAAGAAGUUGCUGGUAUGAUGCAGUUCAACGCUGGCUUCAGUAAGCAAUGGCACACACUUUUCUUUAUGUACACUUUGUUGAUUGACUCUCUGUCUACUGCUCUUCUUACAUUGUUUUUUGUUGUUCUGUGGAAUGUGCCUAUUAGCAUUUGUGUGUUGUUGAAAUCACUCUGCAAGACCAUGUU